AUGUUGUUGCACGAAGUCCCUGCAGUGUGUCCCGCCUUCACCGUCACAGAAGCCGAGGAAAUGUCAGACGCAGCGCAGCAGCUGGCCGGCAGCGGCGCCGCUGCGGCGGGUGACAACAAGCCCUUCACGGCCCACCUGUCCAAUGUCUACCUCAGUAUAUUGGCGCUGUUUUGCUUCAAACUCUUCGUCAAGAUCUCCCUCAACCUGCUCACUUACUUCUACAUCGUCCGCGGCAACCGCAAGGAAGCAGCCAGAAUAUCCGCAGAGUUUUACGACUAUGCUCAGCAACGCAGUUCUUGGACGGACCGCUCGCCGCUCCACGAAGCCGCUUCUCAGGGUCGCCUACUCGCCCUGAGGACUCUCAUCGUGCAAGGUCACAAUGUGAACAGCGUGACCAUCGACCAGGUGACCCCUCUCCAUGAGGCCUGCCUUGGAGACCAUGCACCAUGCGCGAGAGCCCUCAUCGACGCUGGCGCUGACGUCAACGCCUCAACGGUUGACGGCGCCACGCCACUGUUGAAUGCCUGCGCCGUGGGCAGUGUGGCCUGCACCGAGGUCCUCCUGGAAAACGGCGCCAAAGCUCAAAGUUUCGUGCACCGGCCGUCGCCCAUCCAUGAAGCAACGAGCAGAGGACACUGCAGUUGUGUAGAGGUUCUGCUGGCGUGGGGUGUCGAUGUAGACAUGGACAUUCCUCACUUGGGCACACCACUUUACACCGCCUGUGUCUACAAGGAGCUGGAGUGCGCCAGGAAACUCUUGAGGGAAGGCGCUAACGUCCAAAAAGGCAGAUCACUGGACUCGCCUUUGCACGCGGCAUCAGAGAAAGACUGCACGCCGGUGGUGAAACUGCUGUUGGACUUUGGCGCCGACAUCAACGCGCGGGACGGCGAAUGUCGACGGCCUGUAGAUGUGGCCCCACCAAGUAGUUUGACUGAAAGCUUCCUACUCCUCUAUGAAGCUACACCGCGGCUGCUUAGUCAACUGUGUCGACAGUGCAUCAGAAUGUGCGUUGGCCGGGAUCGACUUCACCUCCUUUGUCAUCUUCCCUUGCCCGGUCGGAUUCGGAAUUUCCUGCAGUACCAGUGACAAUGUCCGAAAUGCAAAAGUGACUUUUUAAUAGUUUGUAUACAAAGAGCCACACAUAGUAAUACAUGUCUAAGAGUGAGCCAGCACCAAAUUCAUUGUGGCAGUACACAGUGGCGCCACCAGGGGGUGGCCAAGGGUGGGGUUGGCCACCCCACUGGGCACCCCGCUUGCCAGUAUAUCGUUAGAUUGUUGUAUCAUCAGUUAUGCAUUUCUUCCCUAAUGAAUGCAUUUAUUUUGUUUUGUUAAAUGUAGAGCUGUCAAAUUUAUCACGUUAACGGGCGCUAAUUUUUUUUUUUUUAAGUUAAUCAUGUAAAAAAUAUUUAUCGCAAUUAACGCAUUCCCGGUACUAUUCAUUCACGCAUUGCCGCAAACAGCCUACAAUGGUGCAGUGUUACUUAUAUACAGAGAUAAGAGGCAGAGUGGAGUAGAUACAAGCAUUCAUUGGGGCCGUGCUUUUAAUUGGCAAAAGCUUUGUCAUCUCUCCCACAGCAGCUAUAAAUAUUGUGGGAAGCGACGUGGGGAAGAAUGACAGGAGUUGAUCUUUUUCUUAACACCCUUUAGUGUACCCAACGCAGAGAAGAUAUAGCAUUUCCAGCCACCACACACAGUCAUGGUUGCACCACUUUCCAUCAUGCAUUUGGGCAGAAACAGUUAAGUCGCUACAGUAUCAUUUACUGAAAGCUCAACAAAUACACUAGAUGGGAAUAUUUAGUCACAAUAUACAAACUCAUAUUUAUCCUUUAAGAAUUACAAGUCUUUCUAUCCGUGGAUCCCUUUCACAGAAAGAAUGCUAAUAAAGAUAAUGCCAUCUUGUGGAUUUAUUGUUAUAAUAAACAAAUACAGUGCUUAUGUACAGUAUGUUGAAUGUAUAUAUCCGUCUUAUCUUUCCAUUCCAACAAUAAUUUACAGAAAAAUAUGGCAUAUUUUAGAAAUGGUUUGAAUUGUGAUUAAUUACGAUUAAUUAAUUUAAGCUGUGAUUAACUCGAUUAACAUUUUUAAUUGUUUGACAGCCCUAGUUAAAUGUACACCUUAUGCCUAAUAUAUACAUAACACAAUAAAACAGAAUUGUUGUAGAACUCAAAAUGUUGACUGGACAGUUAUGGACUAUGCACAUUAAAUCAUUAGUAACAUCAAAUAUUACACAAUACACCAACGCAUAUCAGUAGCCGUGUUCUUAAGUCUUUCUGAUAAUUUUCCCCUGACCUUUUUACUGCAAUAAUAUAAUGAAAACCUGAAAUUAUGGCUUUUAUUUUUGGCCACCCCAAGAUUUUAAGUGGCCCCAUCUGGCCACCCCUAUGAAAAAUUUCUGGAGGCGCCACUGGCAGUACAAGUAGUUCAAUGGUUAGUCACCAGAGAUAUUUAUCAGAAAUUCUACAUUGAAAACGUAUUAUAUUGCAUAUUAUUAAGUAUAUUUUUGCAUUGUAGAUUGUUACAAACGCAAUAAAACGCUUUAUUUUAU